UUUAGCCUGGUACUUACAGAAACCUGGAGAAGCUCCUAAACUCCUGAUUUAUUAUACAACACACAGUCUCACCCCCUACUCGUCAAAUGUCUGACGCAUGGUCAGUAGACCCUGGCGUCACUUUUUAACGCACUGGGUAUACCUUUGGCGUUAUUUUUCGACGUGCAGGGUAGUCCGAUAGACUUCUAUAGAACUCAACAGCGUUGAAAUUUGACGUCUUGGGUCAGCACACCGCAACCCGUUGUCUGCCUUAUGGGUCGACACUACAAUAAAUAAAAAUAAAAAAGGAAUAGGCUACAAAAAAUGAUUUAGUAAGCAUUUUAAGUAAGCAUUUUAAGAGUUUUCUUGUCAUAGGUAGGACACUGCUUUAAUUAUAGCAUGCUGGAUAACGUUUUUAUCGGAGGUUUGUUGAUUUUAAUAAAUAUAUAUAAUAUGCUACGAUUGAGUUCAAUUAAUCUUUUUUUGUUGUUGUUGUUUUAUUAAAUCCUCUAAAUUAAUAACGCUGACGUCAACGUAUGGGCGAUCCCAAGGUCCAUUGCGAUUUUACACUCGGUCCCCUAGUCCCUUCAUCAUUUACUUUAAAACUUCAGCUUCGUUACAAAGCAAAAACAAAGGCACUUUUUAGAGCCACGUUUGUCUAGUUAAUUGUUGUCAGUCCAUCUGGUUCUCUGUUGUUCUUGCUCUUUUGCUCUUCCCCCCUAUCCCUUUAGUGUUGUCUUGUUUGUCCUUGUUCAUCAUGAGUGACCAUUCCAAUUUCGAACAGGUCCUUAAUGAGCUUGAUGAGCUUGUUGAACAUUCUAAAUUAAAUUAUGAACUCAAGACCUUGGAAGAUUUCAUCAAUAAGAUGCCGGGAGAACAGGAGGCAGCACCAUCCACCAGCCAUCAACCAGUCCAGAAGGCUCCACCAUCCACCAGCCAUCAACCUGUCAGGUGGCUGAAGAGAGACAGUGAUGGAAAUGUUGUCUAUGACAGACCAAGAUCAUCCCGAAACCAAACAGCUACUAGUCACAGCUACAGUCGUAAGACUGGUGCUCAUACUAGGAUGUUGGACAGCAGCAUUGAGAUGACCAACUACUGUCCUCCUGACACUGUUGAGACUUUCCUUGAAGAGCUAAACCACUCACAGGGUGAUGACUUGGAUGAUCAGGAAACGGCACCAGCACCACCACGAGCUUCCUCAGACUGGUCUACUCGAAAAAGUCUCCUCUCAGAGAGGUGGGAGAAAGAGAGACCCUGUCUGGUGAAUACCAUGGUGGCACAACAAAAUGCGACAACUCAGAUCUGCCAACAAUGUGGCAGCAGUCCAGCUGCUGUCCGUUGUCGUGACUGCCGACCACAACCAUUCUUCUGUGCUGAUUGUGAUGUUAGUAUACACCGAAACCACGUGUUCCACAACAGGGAUGCAACAAUAGCUGGAUUCUUUCAGCCAUUGCCUCCAACAACCUGUGUCGUGGAGAGGGCUCUUUCCCAGUGUGUGUGUAUUGUGCCGUUGGAGAUGCCCGAGAAAAUAUGUAGUUGUUCUCCAGGAUCGUUGAGUGUCAACCCAGGAAAAGUUGUUGCUGUGGUUACAAUGAAUGGACGAUAUGAUCUCAGUAUGCCUGAGAUGAAAUGCGAGGCAUGCAAAGCCACUUGGAGCGCUGGAGUGGAUGACCUGGUCCGAAAUGACUACUGGCCUGCUACCCUUCACUUUUCCACGGUGUACGCUACAGAUGUGUUUUGUUCAUAUGAAGAGUUGAAGAUGGCAGCACCAGGACUGUCCUGCCAAGCAUUUUUAAGAAUGCUUGAUCAACGAACUGUCCGAUUUGGCCGUACUGGGAAGAUCACAGCAGACAGCUUCAGAAAAAGCUUUUUGGAGUGGGAGGCUGUUAGAUUUGAGGUGGAUAAGAUCUGCAGGGAGGAGCAUUUUGUCUGUCCUGCGUGCACCCCAGACAUGCUUGCUGUUUCUGUGGAUGGAAAUCGCAAGCACUACCGCUUUAAGAAUGCAGCAAGAUCUGAAGAACAAGCCUUAUUUGAUGGCAUCUUCAUUGCAAAAGAUGAUGAAGUAGAGAGAUUUGUGGAUUACAUUCAUUCUACCACCAACCAUGUCUCUGGAAGAGGUGUCUGUGGAGGGGAGUGGUCAGCUGCCAGGGAAACGUCUCAGAGAUCCUCAAGUAAAAUUGAUGAGGAGGGACUUGAGCUUGCAGUCUGUCGACAUGGAGUUUUUCUUGGCGCUCUCAACAUGUUCAGGGGAGAAAUCUAUGCUUAUCCCCUCUACCUGCAGAACAAGCUGGCAAAUAAGCCAAUAAGCUUUUUUGCCAUGGAUGUAACCUGCAAGUACUGGCCCUACCUCAACAAAGUGGCAAAAAGCUGCCCGGAGCUCCAGCACCUACUUAGCAUGAAACCGUUUCUCUCAGUGUUUCAUGCCAAAGCCCAUGAUUUUAAAUGUGAGGUUAAAUGGAGUGGAGCUUACCAGCAAGGGGCCGGAUUGACACUUGGGGAGGAGGUUGAGCAGUGUAACGCCUUCCUCUCUAGGAUUGCUGUGACCACGAAGCACAUGUCCAAAGCAGGACGUACAGACAUGCUUACACUGAUGGCCAUGCGCUGGAAUCAGCAAAAGUUUAAGAACUUGGCUACUUCACUUGCCUGCCGAUAUCAGAAGGCCACAAAACGCCUGGAGAGCCAACUUCAGGACCUGGAAAGCAUGAGAAUCCAGCUGGCAGUGACACAGGUUGAAGUUGAGGGCUGGGUCACUGAUAUUAAGGAGUGGGCAGAAGCAACAACAUCCCAAAAGAAUGAUCUUGACGCGGUGCAGGAGCUGUGGGCUCUAAACGAAGAAGGGAUGGUUUCCCAGCACUUUGAGAAAAAAGAAGAAGUCACCAGAAUGAUGAAGCAUGCAGCUGUUAUGCCAAGUUUUGACUGGAACAAAUGGACUUCCAGAAUGAUUGGGAUGGAUACCAGUGAUGAACUGCAGAGACUGAAUGAGAGCUCUCAAAGUGAGAAAUGA